UAAAACCUUUUUGGACAAAUAUUUUCAAAAAUAUAUAAAAAUAUUUAAAAAUAUUAUUUAAAAAAGUAUCACUAUUUUAUUAUUAGAAAAUAUAUCAAUUAGAAUAAUUUCCCUCUGCUUUUUGUUUGAGAACUGAAUUUGGCAGGGGCUAAAAAAAUUACUAUAGCCAACCGCCUAUUAUGCAGGCAUUAUUAAUAAUUCAACUUCCAAGGAAGGAGAAAACUUUGUUGGUUUAAGUGUUUUUGCAUCAAUCGCACAAUCAGUAAAAAAAAUUACUACUCUAGAUGGAUAAAAUCCAAUAGAUUCCGCAUGUGUACAUUUUUUGUUAUUAAAGUUUUCAAUUUAGAAUGAAUGAAGAAAGUCUAUUAUUCGGAUUUACAAGAAAUUUUCUUUAGUUUCAAGCGUUCGUCUAAAAAUACAAUAGACAAUAAUGUACAAUAGUUAUUUUUUAAAAUAUUUUCGUUUUAACAAAAUUUUAUUACAGUUUUGUGGUGUUUUGCCUAUUUCGUCAAGGGGAUUCAUAAUCAAUGGGAUUUGUAUUGCGAUACCAUUUUGCACCUCUUCAUUCUUGGUUCUUCCCGGUUUCUAUAAUAUAAUUUUUCAUCAAGAGAAUAUGGCUGUCAUGGGAAUGUUGAAUAUUUUCAGUGAAUUGUUAGAAACUUUAGUGGGCGCUAUUAAAGUAAUGUUGCUUUUACCGAAGAGAAAAAAACUCGUGAAUUUGGUUAAACUUUGUAAUGAAUUGUGGGAGAAUAUAGAAAAUGAAGAGGAAGCUGAAACAGUAAAAUAUUAUGCAACAAUAGCAAUGUAUCUUACCUAUGGUUUUUUUAUAAAUGUAUUUUGUGCUUUGUUAGCGUUAGUGGUUCAACCAUUGUUUUCGGAAUUUGUUUAUGACUCUAAUGGAACAAUUAUAUCCAGCAAAGAAUUGCCUUAUGCAGUUGGAUUAUUUCAUGAGAAUGUGAAUAUCUAUUAUAUUUGGUUUGCUCUUCAAAUUCCAGCUGGAUUAGUCAGUAUUAUUCCAGUAAUUGGAGUUGACACUGCAGUGGCUUUCUUUGUUUUUCACGCUUGUGCUCAUUUCAAGUUGUUGCAAUUUCGAAUGUUUAAACUUAAACAAAAAGGUGUUUGCAAUAAUUCAAAGCGAACUUUUGCGGAAAUCGUUAAAAUUGUAAAACAACAUCAACGUAUUUUGCAUUAUUCGUCAGCGAUAGAAAAUGUCUUUAGUCCUGUUGUACUUUUGCAGACUAUUUUGAGUAUAGUUGCCAUUUGUGGAUUUGGAUUUAAUCUCCUAAUGGGAGGAGAAGACACAGCGGCUUACGGUGUUCAUCUCAUAGGAGGAGCUUUGCAACUUCUUAUAUCUUUUGUUGGCCACCAAAUAACCUUCUUCUCGAAAGUAUGAAUAUUGGAUUGAGUGCUUAUGAUGUUCCCUGGCAUAGCUGGACAAAAAAAGAAGGAAAAAUGAUUGAAAUCAUUAUUUUUAGAUCUCAAAAAGUUGCUUUUCUAUCAGCGGGAAAAUUUGCG